AUGCUGGGUAUGGAGCGCAUCAAUUGCCCUCAGUGGCACCGCGACCGUCUCCGAGAAGAACUUGAAGAGGUCCGCACUGCUCCUACGCCAAUUUUACGACUCAGCGAAACAUCAGAUGUUUUCUUCUCAAUUAGACGGGCCUGUUACGACGGCCAUCCGACUCAGGAGUUACCGCCUUGCUCGAGCUUCACAAACAUCGGGGUCUAUGCCUACAUGAUUGGCAAGUUCACGCUGCGAUGGGGCUUUUACCGAAUGGCAUCAUGUUUAUGCCGUGCUCCGAAUUGGCGGUCAGUGGGGGAGGUGGUGAAUCCAGGCAAGGAUGCGAAGAUUAGAGGAGUUGCUGCUCGUCACAAUCUCGACCAAGACAAGUUCCUGCGGGUUGCCCGUAGAUUGCGGCGGAUGACCUCUUCCCUUCCAGUUUCCGGUUCGGACCAUCCGAUCGCCAGCGAAACAGUUGCUCCCAACGCAAUGGGCAAAGCAGCGAAAGUCAUUGGUACUUAUGGAAUACCAGGGACCGGCAAGACAUUUCUCCUCAAUCAGUUGAAAGCUGAACUGAACGGAGAGCACUUUCUCUUCAUAGAGGGAUCGGAGUUGAUCGAUUCACUUGUUCCCGGCGGUCUUCAGGGAUUCAAGGAUUCCGAUGGAGAUACGAAAACCCACUGGCGACGUCGUGCAACCGAGACGAUCAAGCAACGCAGUGUCGACAGCGGGAAAGUCGCCAUCGUAACGGGCCAUCUGGCAUUUUGGACAGAAGAUAAAGACGACUACGAGGUGGUUUUCACGGACACGGACGGGUCGACUUACACCCACAUCAUCUAUCUGGACUUCGACCCGGAGCUCAUCGAGCAUCACCGCACUGGCGAUACGACGAGGAACCGGCCAAAGUCGAGCAGUGAUCAUCUUGCCGAGUGGCAAAUCAGAGAGAUUUCGGACCUGCAGACCCUCUGCCGCGAACAUGGCAUUCUCUUCCAUUGUCUCGACACCUCGGGCUUGCAAGACUCGCCACACGUUCUUCCGAACGUUUGCAGGUUGGUAGAGGACUUCCGAGUGCAUGACGUGCAGCACAACCACAGCAGAGUCCUAUCAGUGUUGGAUAACAUCUUCGUGCCUCAACAGGGUACCCUGAAAACGGUACUAGUCUUCGACGCCGACAAGACUCUGGCUGCAGAGGAUACGGGGACCCUGUAUUGGGAUUCCUUGCAAAACAUGCGGAAGUCCCUGAGAGACGAGAGGCGCGUUGGUGGCACAUCCACUCUGCCCCUCCUUUUUGGAGGUCCGCUCGGGUAUUCGUAUGAAGCCUUUCGACAGGCAGUCCUGCUGUACGAGGAAUCUGCCGGUGAUUCCUCGUUUGAAUCGCUUUGUCAACUCCUUGCAUCUAACGUGAAGAUGCAUCCGGAAGUACUCGAUAUGUUACAGGCAGCAGCCCGUCAGGAUCACAUUGGUACAGUAGUUGUCAGCUGUGGCAUUGGUCGUGUGUGGGAAAUCGUGUUGGAAAGGCGAGGCCUAGGUGACAAUGUCAAGGUCAUUGCUGGUGGUCGGAUCGCGGAUGGUUAUGUGGUGACUCCAGCGAACAAAGCGGCGAUUGUUUCCCACUUGAGAAAUCACCACCAGCUUUUUGUGUGGGCUUUUGGAGAUAGCCCGCUGGAUAUCGGCAUGAUGAAGGCAGCUCAUCGAGCAGUUGUCGUGGUGGGUGAAAAAGAUCUCAGGAGCAAGAGCAUGGAUAUGGUGCUGAUGAAAGCCAUCGACGAGGAAGGCUUGCAAGCAGUGCAAGUGAGGUUACCCAGAACUGCGCUCCAUCGACUGAAUACUACCAGGCUUCCGAUAGUAACCCUUGAUGAGUUAGACUUCAAGGAUUCUCAUCUUCAUCUCCAAAGUCUUCCGGCAUCGACACUGCCGAUUUGGCUCGCAACCAGCAAGCGCGCAGCCCAAUUGCUCGCAACGGCGACACGGGAUGCUUCCAUCGCAGGACCGGCCCUCAGGCAAGCCCAUCAACGCGUCGGUUGGUAUCUUGCAACUGAAUACAUAUCCCAAGUGAUUGGGCUCAAAGAGUGCGACAUCCAGCAUGUCCUGGGUAGUGCCAGCAGUGGACAUCGACUCCAAUACGAGAAGGAAACGACGAUCAUCGCAUUGAUGCGAGCCGGAGAGCCAAUGGCACUCGGCGUGAGCGAGGCAUUUCCCCUUGCCAUGUUCGUCCAAGCUGAGUGCCAGGACAACAUCAGGCACCACCAUCUCGAGAGCCAGAAACAGGUUCUGCUCGUUGACUCAGUUAUCAACAGUGGCAAAACGAUCGUGGAAUUUGUCGAAGCUAUCCGGAAGGUCAAGGCAGACAUCAAGAUCGUUAUUGUCUCGGGUGUAGUGCAGGCACAGUGUCUUCAGAGCGAUAGUAACUUGUACAAGGCGCUCGUUGGCCACAGAAACAUCUCCCUCGUAGCUCUGAGACAUUCCGACACCAAGUUCACCGGUAGCGGAGCUACAGACACAGGCAACCGCCUCUUCAAUACCACUCAUAUUCGACGAUUGUCCGCAUCACUCGUAUAG